ACACCACUCUUUCUCUGUCAAGAAAACAGAGUCUCUGCCUCAAUGCCUCCAUCUGAGUCAGAAACUCUCUUCAAGAUCAUGGAGUCAAUGUCUUCUGAUCAACAAUGGCGUCAAUCCCACCCAAACCCUUGUGCACCUGGCUCAUCUUGGCCAGGCAUUGAGUGCAAAACCGGUCCAGACCACUUAUCUCACGUCUCUCGGCUCGAUUUUGGCUCUGCUCCAAACCCUUCUUGUAAAUCCUCUGCUUCUUUCCCUUCUUCAAUCUUCUCUCUGCCUUUUCUCCAAUCAGUCUUCUUCUUCAACUGCUUCACUCACUUCCCAACCACAAUCAUCUUCCCCAUUAAGCUCCUCCCAAACUCUUCUCUUCAACAACUUAGCCUCAGAUCAAACCCUUCUCUCUCAGGUCAAAUCCCUCGUCUCAUUUCUUCUCUCAAAUCUUUACAAAUCCUCACUCUCUCACAAAACCGGUUAACCGGAGAUAUCCCUCCGGCGAUUUUCUCACUGAAAAGCCUCGUACACCUCGAUCUCAGCUACAACAAGCUCACAGGUAAAAUCCCUCUGCAACUGGGGAAUCUCAAUAACCUCGUUGGCUUAGAUUUAAGCUACAAUUCUUUAACCGGUACAAUCCCUCCAACGAUCUCGCAACUGGGUAUGCUUCAGAAACUCGACCUGAGCUCGAAUUCUCUGAUCGGAAGAAUCCCAGAAGGUGUUGAAAAGCUUCGUUCUUUAUCAUUCAUGGCGUUAAGCAACAACAAACUAAAAGGAGCUUUUCCAAAAGGAAUCUCGAAACUUCAGAGUUUGCAGUACUUCAUAAUGGAUAAUAACCCAAUGUUCGUUGCUCUCCCUGUUGAAUUAGGGUUUCUACCUAAACUUCAAGAGCUUCAGCUCGAGAAUUCAGGAUAUUCCGGCGUAAUCCCGGAGAGUUACACCAAACUGAUGAACCUUAGCUCGUUGUCUCUGGCUAACAACAGAUUAACCGGCGAAAUCCCAUCUGGGUUUGAGUCACUGCCUCACGUUUUCCAUCUGAAUCUCAGCAGGAACUUACUGAUCGGCGUUGUACCGUUCGAUUCAAGUUUCUUAAGACGGUUGGGUAAAAACUUGGAUUUAAGCGGGAACAGAGGAUUGUGUUUGAAUCCGGAGGAUGAGUUCAGUGUCGUUAAGACCGGAGUUGAUGUCUGCGGGAAGAAUGUUACUGGUGGUGGAGUUUUACCGGUGCAUUCACCGAAGAAGAAAUCUCAAGCUGCUCCUUCUCGGUAUUACAGAUCUUGCUUCUUCUCCAAUGCUCUGUUUCAGUUUGCUCUGUUUCUUAGUUUACAUCAACGAUUGGUUCUCUAAGAGGGAGGAUAAAGACAAAAAAAACAGACAAUUAAAUAUUUGAUUAAAUC